ACCACAUUAAUGACAACGUACAUACCGAGCGAGUAAUAUAAGCUUGUUUACAGUUAGCAGCUACCAAAAGCUGUUAAACCUCCCUAAUUUCAAACCGCCAUGGCGCAGUCUCUAGAGAACUUAUGUGUUGACCGUAUUGUAGCGGAUUUCGACAAACUUUGCGAAGAUCGCGAUGAUUUGCAUCGGUUUCUUUACAUUAUCGGUCCUUUCGAUGGAUUAGGCACCCAUUUAAUACACCAAAUUAUCAUGAAGCUGAUGAAAAAAAAGAGACUCACAUUGUCUUACCUAGAGAUGCUGUUGCAGCCAUGUCUGACCAGACUGGACCUCAGCAAGUGCACUUUUGUCAACGAUACCACAGUCAGGACCAUAGCAAGAAGAUGUAAAAAACUUAUCCAGCUCUCACUGAAGGACAGAAAGUUUAUCAGUUUCAAAGCCAUACGAGAACUGAUACCUGUGUUGUCCAACCUGUGCUCUCUGGAUAUGACCAACUGCUUUUACAGUUGUAAUGACAACCUCUUGCAAGUCAUAGGAGAUCACUGCCACAACAUACAAGUGCUGAAACUAGCUAAUUGCCUCAAUAUUACUGAUAAUGGUAUUAGGGCCAUCUGUGGUUCUGAAGAAAAGCCCAAAUGUCAGAGGAUUGUAGAGCUUGACAUAUCGUUCACAGGUAUGAGCAGUAAAGGGCUUCACCGCAUCAUGGAUAGCAAGAGAGACUUGAGGAGCCUUACUGCACAGUGCACAUGUAUUGAUAACACGUUUUCAUUGUCAGGAUACCCUUCAGAUCAGAUCAUGUACAAUCUAAAAUCCCUAGACCUCUCUUACACACUAAUCGGAGACCAAGGGAUUGUUAGCAUCUGCACUUUUUGCGUUUUCUUGGAAGCAUUGUAUUUGAACGAUUGUCAGCAAGUUCAAGGGAACUGGUUGAAAAGCAUUGCUAGUCUAGAAAUGCUUAAACAUCUUUAUUUAGGAGUGUGCUCUGACCUUGACCAUAGAUCUGAUAUCAGACCAUUUUUAGAACAUCGUGGGGUACAAUUGGAAUCUCUACAAUUAUGCAACACUGGUAAUAUUUCAGCAAAUGCCUUUGAAUCAUGUUGCAAUUUGGUUGAGCUUCGCUUACCAGAGUGUACUUUUGUUUAUGAGAGUGACAUAGAAUUGUACUUACUUGAGGCCUGUUACAAUCUGAAAGUGCUUGAUCUCCAUAAAUGUGAGUUAUCUGCAUCAGAAGAACUCUACAGUGACCUUCUUGAUACAGUGUUUAGUACUGCUGAUGGCAGCAGCAGCAUCAAGGAGCUGAAUCUGUGUGGAUGUGAGUGCUUCGUUUCGUCUGACCUGGAAUGUUAUUUUGAGGAGGGCCUUUUCAGCAAUCUUGAGAAGUUGGAUAUUUCAUCAUGUCCAGAUAUUUGUAAAGAUCUUGCAAUUGUGGCUGUAAGGCACUGUCCUAAGCUGAAGUAUUUGAAUCUACAACAAUGCAGAAAUGUGACUAAUCAUCAUUAUCACGAGCUUAAGAAGAUGGCCAAGAGCUUGGGACUAAAAACAGCUAUUUUUUGGAGCUGAAAAUAUACUGUGGAUAUUAUUUUAUCGCAGCAUAUUGGUUAUGAAUAGUUGGUAUAAAACGCCAAGUUCGCCUUUCAACCUGAGGUGAAGACCUGAGGUCAAGAUCGGUGGCGCCCAGCGGCGUAGCCAGGAUUUUUAACAGGAGAGGGGGCCCAAAAGGCCUUGUCCCCUGUGUUUUAGAUAAUGUCUCAUACAUGUACUGUAUUUUUGGCUGCUAGAAGGGGGGGGCCCGGGCCCCCUUGGCCACCCCCUGGCUACGCCCCUGGGUGGCGCCUAUCAAGCCUCUGGCAGUACGGACCGAUUCACUAACUUUGUAAACCUCAAAUACGCCGAGUAAAUUUAAUUGUAAAUAAGCUAUAGAGUGGUUUUCAUUAACCCGUGAAAAGUGUGAUAUUCAAAGGGUAAUAGUCAGUAAAACACAAAAGAGAACAAUAGAAUCAGAACACAAUAAAGUGUAAUACGCUAAAGUGUGUUCACGGGUUAAUGAAAAUCACUCUAACUCAUCCACAAGGCUUGUUUUAUAAGCAUCUACAGUUUUAAGGGAUAGAUGAACUCGCGUUACUUUUAUUCUUAUUAGUUUGACCAAUAAUAAAUGUGACUUGUCCAAUCAGUGGAACAAACCGGGAAUUAUGCUUUUUUGUUAAAUCAUUCCCAGAAAUAAGGGACAUUAGCCAGCGGUUUCUCUGGGCUCACAUUUUGCUAGGCCCGCGAGGAAUAACAGCGGUAUCACAAAUAAAAACGAGAUUCCGGCCAGCACAGGGGCUUCCCUUUUGUUGUUACACUAGAAGUUUUUAAUCAGGUUGACUAAAAUUCCAAAUAAAAGUAGUAUUAGCGGUA